GGCGUUCGUCUCUGAGCGUUUGGCUGCUUGUCGUUUGAAAGAGUGACUUAACUGGCCCGUUUACACGUAACGACGGGGAAGAACUAACUGAUUGGUUCCGUCGCCACUCUCUAAAAUUGCUUCCCCGUCGACAAACUGGCUUUGUCCAGCUGUUAACGGUUUUCGCGACUUGUUUUUCUGAAAGUGGCAUCCUGUAAUGGGCGCGUUUGAAACUGUUCGAAUUCUCUAGCGUCCUUCAAGUUGCCGAUGAACCGUGCGGUAAUCUGUUCCCGUAACGCUCGCCGUACGGACGCUCGGUACCUUUGCCGCGCUAUGUUUAGCCAGCCUAGAGCCAACCGAGCCCUCAUUUGCCAUCAUGAGUCACAACUCGCGGGAAAUUCCCCGCAAGCGUUCGAUGAGUAUGGUGAGCAACGGCUACAGCGGCCCCAGCAGCGGCGGGGGCGGGGCAUUUGACAAGCUGGAGGACGCUAUGUCAACCCUGAACAGCCUGUUCUCCUUCACGAGCCCCGCCGUGAAGAAGCUACUAGGCUGGAAGCAGGGUGACGAGGAGGAAAAGUGGGCUGAGAAGGCAGUCGACUCACUUGUCAAGAAAUUGAAGAAGCGAAAAGGGGCUAUCGAGGACCUCGAGAAGGCCCUGUCUUGUCCGGGCCAGCCAUCAAAGUGUGUCACUAUUCCGCGGUCCCUGGAUGGAAGGCUGCAGGUUUCACACCGAAAAGGCCUGCCUCACGUGAUCUACUGUCGGGUCUGGAGAUGGCCAGACCUACAGAGCCACCAUGAACUCAAGCCCCUCGAAUGCUGUGAAUACCCCUUUUCAGCGAAACAGAAGGAAGUGUGCAUCAACCCUUACCACUACAAGAGAGUUGAAAGCCCAGUCCUGCCUCCCGUGCUGGUUCCCCGGCACAGUGAGUACCCUCCAGGGGGCCACACGAUGAUUCCUCCGGUUUUCCAACAAGUGGCCGAGUCUGCAAUGCCGCACAAUGUCAGCUUCUCGUCGCAAGGCUUCAGUGCCACCACUUCAGGGUCAGGGGUCACGGCGGGCGCAUCCCCUGCGGCGGGAACCACAGCAGCUGCGGGCGUUCCCUCACCGGGCCCCAGCCUUGGCAGCUCCGCACCUAACAGCCCCUUUGGAUUGCCUGCAGACACUCCUCCACCUGCUUACUCAGCUCAGGACGACAGUCAAUCUGCCACUGAUGACCAGCCCCAAUCAAUGGACACAUCGACUGUUCCUCCUGACGUGUCCCCGGUCACCUACCAAGAACCACAGUAUUGGUGCACCAUCGCUUAUUAUGAGCUGAACUCAAGGGUGGGCGAAAUCUUCCACGCACAGAGCCACAGCAUCGUCAUCGAUGGCUUCACCGACCCAUCAAACAACAGCAACCGCUUCUGCCUUGGCCUCCUGUCAAAUGUCAACCGCAACUCAACAAUUGAGAACACACGGCGGCACAUUGGAAAAGGCGUUCAUCUGUACUACGUUGGAGGCGAAGUUUAUGCCGAAUGCCUCAGCGACAGUGCCAUCUUUGUACAGAGUAGGAACUGCAACCACUCGCACCAGUUUCAUCCAACCACUGUUUGCAAGAUUCCGUCGGGCUGCAGCCUGAAGAUCUUCAACAACCGAGAAUUUGCCGAACUGCUGACCAUGGCAGUCAACAAUGGCUUUGAAGCCGUGUAUGAGCUGACGAAAAUGUGCAUCAUCCGCAUGAGCUUUGUCAAGGGCUGGGGUGCCGAGUACCACCGCCAGGAUGUGACCUCUACGCCUUGCUGGAUUGAAGUGCACCUCUCGGGGCCUUUGCAGUGGCUUGACAAGGUGCUCACGCAAAUGGGCUCACCGCACAACCCAAUCUCGUCGGUUUCGUGACAAGACCCCUCAUUUUCUUUUCUACCGGCAGUACUUCCCUCUUCACCCGUUCCUCUGCCGUUCACAGAUCCUCUCCUUCCUGCCAUGUUUUACAAGCAGUCUCAACACCCACACAUCGUCUGCAGGCGACAAGAUGGUCCUCUCUUGUUCUUCUGGCAUGCCUGGUGUUGUGUUGUUUUUGGAGUCGCAGCGUGUUUGCUGGAAACUAUGACUUCCAGGUGUGCUUGGCUCCAAGUUGGUGCCAUUCUCUCUGGGCACUAGUGCGAGCACAAAGCAAGAUGCCUUCUUGUGGUGGUGUGGUUCCCUCAGCUUCGCCGCAACAGAGUCUUUUCUGUGUGUGUGUGUGUGUGUGUUUGAAAGCUCCCUCGUGUGUAUUAGACAAACAUGUGGCACUCAACACGCGCGAGCCGAGUGACAGGCGCAGUUUGCGGGGGUUUCACCACUGCGCGGCGACUCGUGUCACAUCCGCUACGAAUUGAGUCCACAUUGUGUGUUGCGCAAGUUUUUCUUUUACACAUGCAAAGAGCCCGGAAGGUUGCUUUCUUGGUGGUAGUAUCAGCACAUGUACCGGCACAUCUAUGAAGGCAUGAAAUUGGGCGAGUUUUGUGGUCGUCCAUCAUUCUUGCGCUGAUGAUGAGACGAUGGUACACAGACGUGAGCGUAAAGAGACGGUACUGGACAGAUGAAACACAGCAACAUUUCUUGGAAGAAAGAAGGGUGAGAGCAGUGACAGAGCCAUAAUUUCAAUCGCUCUUGGAUUUUUCUUCGGUGCAUCUUGCAAACCGAGCACUAGAAAGUUGAUUGUGCCCUGUUUUUUGCCAUUAACACAGGAAUUAUUGAUAUUUUUGGUGCAUUGUCUUUCGUGUUUGAUUUAAAUAGCAUAAGGUGUCAGUCGGCAGACACCAUUGACCGUGUCCUGUGGAACGUCAUUUGGCUACCCUGUCUUUUCCUAAAUAACUGGAAAAGCUUUAUAAAGUGGGAGUGAAUUAUCAGCAACUUUGAUGUGGUGAGGCUUAUGCACGAAACAGAUGGUAUAGCUCUGUGUGUUGUCUGCUUUAUGACUGGUUGCAACAACAACCACAUCCAACGAGUUUCAGGCAGGUUCCAAAAGUUGGAGCAGCCAUGUUUCCAAGAAUCCUGCUUGUCUCAUUGAAUGCUUUGUUGUACCAUGUGUCUUGUGCAUUACUUGGUUGUUAGCAAGCUCCCUCUAGUGUGUAAAGAAUCUGCAAAAGAUACAAGGAACACAAGGACAGGUUUCUAUACUACCAUUUGCAUCUGUAAGAGUGUAAAGGCACUCUGCAUUAUUGCACUUUUGCACCAACCUUUGGUUGUCAACUUUUGAUAGAUGUUGCUUACAUAAUUGUGUAAGUGGUGAAAAUAAGAAAAAGCACUCUGAAAUUUGUGUCGGAAACUUAAGCACAAGUUGCAUAUCUGUUGCUCACUUUUCAUAUUUUUUCCCAUCCCUCCUCCCCCCAUUUUCCUUUUUUGUACAAGCACCUACAGCCUGCUGCUGUCCACAUUUUCUCACCAUGGGCCUUUCUUUAAAUUUUUAUUUUAAAACACAGUUCUAAUUGUUCUAUUUUAAUUUGAUUUUACUCGCUAUGUCAUUGCCAUGCUUUUGGCUCCGUGAAUUUUUUUUUUUUUUUAGCUUUUUUGGCAGGCCUGAAAACCUGAAGGCUGCCCGUGGAUGAUUUGUGGGUGUUCUGUCUAUGUAACCUUCAUGAUUACACCCUUUGUUAUGCUGUACGCUUUCUUUUCUUUUUUUUUCCUUUUUAAACUUGCCUGUCAUAGACAUUUGCAGUAAUCUGUGCUCAUACUUUAGGGAGAUGCUACUGUUUUGCUGUAUUUGCCAGUGGUCUUUAUUGAGUCUGGGGUUAUUUGCACAGUUUGCUUGGGCAAAAAAAGAAAAAAGGAAUGUACUCACAAAUAUAAAGGUUACUUUGCAGCUCUCAAAACAAGUGUUAAUGAAUGGACCUAAGCCAAUGCCACUUCUGAGAAAUUUAGCAACCAGUGUCCAUGCUACGAAAUAGUCAUUUUUCAAGUGUAUCACUUUCGGCUCGGGCAGAUUGGACAACAGAGAAAGAAAUUUAUGUGCGUGCUUUCGUGUAGAUGUUAUUCUUGCAUCACAUAGCAGUCGAGUGUAUUGACAAAAUGAGUGGCAUAAAGCUUGUGCUGACAACGAGAGACUGUUGCUAAAGUGAGCCACCUUAUCAGGCCAUGGGAAGCAUCCCAAGAAGGAAUUGUGUUGGAAGGUGCCUUUACUUUCGGGAACUUCACUGAAGUGCAGGUGUGAUAAGUUUUCAUUUUCUUUCUUAUUUUUCUGUCAUUUUUGUCUGCUACCAGUUGAUUAGGGUUUCACCAAACAGAUAAUCUCUCCUUCUAAAGCAAAAGCUAGUAGUGAGGAUUUUUGGCGCAGAUUAGUCUGGGCUCAGAUUUUAGACGUAGGAGCAUGCCUCUUGAAUAUGGGGGAACAGAAAAAAAUAGUUUACUUGAGUGUGCUUUUUACACGGUGUGCUCUUGAGUGGGUUCUACAGCUGGCUGCCAAGGUUAUCAAAGUAAGUGAGGUUGUACAACGACAACAUCAACGACAACAACAAAAAAUUGUAUGGCUGCACUACACUACCUUGUUUCAGCAGGUGCACUAUGGUGGUCUGCAGCCUUUCAAAUCCUGGAACAUGUGCAUUGUUGCAGGAAAAUCUUGCUCUUUUGGGGCUAUCGAGUUGUUUUAUCACAGACAGUAUACUCGUUCUUUUUUUACUCGGUGGGGUUAGUUUCACUUUUGCUUGAAAUCCGACGAUAUGCAUCGUGAGAGCCAGCGGGCACGCCUUGUCCAGUGGCUUAUCCACCGGGACUUGAAAACAAGUUUGGUUUUUGGUAAAUAUUGUUGCUGCUUUCUGGAAGCAUCUGAUCUGAUUGGCAUUUUGCCGAAUUUGCCGGGUUGCUUGCAUGGGUGCUUGCACUUUUUUGUUCCAUGCUUCUGCACAAACCGUGUGUAUGUGAUUGGUAUGGAAGUAAAACUACUUUGCAAGUUUCAGCUUUUAUUGUUAGUAAAAUUGUAGUAGGCGGUGAGAGAGGACUGAGGUUGCUAGGCAUCUGAAGAAAAAAAAAACUGAAUUUGAACUGCAAUCACUUCUCCCUGUUGUACAGUUGUGGUCACUGCAAGUGUGACAAGCUCUAGAAGUAAAAUUAGUUUGCUUGUUUCAGCUUUUAUUAUUAGUCAAAUUGGUGUGUGUGUGUGGGGGGGGGGGUGAUCACAAGGACAUCUGUCGUAAAAGCUGUUAACUUGAGCUGUAACUGCUGCUCACCAUUUCGCUGUUAAGGCAUUGUUGUAAGUGUGACAAGCUCUUGGCAUUACUGGUAGGGCCGGCUGUCACAAGCAUAAUGCGCUGCCUGGUUAUUCGGUGCCUGCCUUUGGCCAUCAUUUUGCAUAAAUUGGGUGACCUGCCUAUAGCGGUGCAUCAAGACACCUUUGGAAAUAUUUUACAUGCACAAGCUUUUGCUGCAAUGUGGUCCUUGCUGACAAGUAAUGUUUACUGCACAGUUUUAUUGGGGCACUAUUGUUUCAUGUCUGCUCUUGAGCUGCACAUUUGGGUAUGUGUUGUCGUGGAUGUUUUCUGGAGGUACCACUAGGUUUUUGAGCUAUUGGGCCCAAUACUACAGCAGCAGUAAGCAGUUGAACAGCAGCUUGCAAAUUUUUUUCUCGGCUUUAUAAUGGAGCUGCUUGGCGCUCUGUACUGAGCAUUUCAGUUUCUAUGUGUUGUUCAUUCUAGCGGUAUAUAAAGUGAAGGUUGAUGCAAUAAGUCUUGCUCUUGACCCUGCAUUACUGAUGUAUUGUACAGUUUUUGUCAGAUUGUUUGCUGCAAUAUCUUAGAACAAGAUCUACAUUUGGUCAUUUCUGACAAGAAAAUGUUAUGCAUGUAAUAUAGCACAUAAACAUUUGCAUUUUUUUGCAUUGCAAUGUAGCAUUUUAACUUUUUAAUCAUAGCGUGUUGAUGCUGCUUUCGUGUACUUCUUGCACUGUGUAACAAGUUUGCAUUAGUAAGGCAAGUGUUGCAUGCUGCUCGUUGUUGCCAUAUGUGCGAUGUGGUCGAAGGUGUUCUUUCGUAACUAUAGCCAUUCACUCAGCUGGUGCUAAGCAUAGUGGAUAUAUGUAGCACAUGUACACAUUUUGUGCGUAGCAUACAUUUACACACCGAGAUGAGCAGAAGUGGUGCAUGGCCUUGCAUUCUUUUAAUUUCUUAUAAUUUGUAAAUGUUUAACUCUCAACCAGCCUUGUAGAAUGGCCUGUCUCUGCAAGGUUUUUUUUGAAUGCGAUUGAGGGCACAUGACAAGCACGCCUUCAGUUUAAUUUCAUUGUUGUUGAGCGUGCGUAGUUGCUCUUUCUUGAAGUUUAUAACCGUGCUAGGCAGAGAAAAACUAUACACUCAAGAGUUGCAUUGUGUGGACUCUUCCAUCCAGCAAAUAGUUUUUCAAAGUGCGCCCUUUGAAAUGCCUUCUCCUUUUUUAAAAGCUUCUAUGAGAUUAUUAUUGCUACGUGCCUUCAGCAAGCAAAGCUGUUUUUACCAAUUCUGUGCUGCACUUUUUGCGCCACUUUUCGGCCAGCUGUUACAUGAACAUGCAGCCACAUUUGAUGCUAGCCAACCGUGUGAAGAGCUUGUUACGAUUAACUUUUCCUUUGCCGCAAGUUGAUCACUCCAUUCUUCUUGCAGGAGCAUGUCACAUUUGUGUCCUUACAGCUCUACAUUGAAGCUUGGUGGCUUUGUACAGUUUGUAUUUGAAGCAGUUGAGUGCAGAGCGAUGUGUGUGCGUGCGUGUGUGGUGCCCUCUCUUUCGUAUUUCGAAUUGGACUGUAGCAGAAAAUAAAAAAAAAACAUUUCUCCGAA